AAGAGACACCUUUUCACGUGUUGUCGUGAUAAAUCGUGUUUAGAAGUAUCUAUAUUUCUUGAGCGAUCCAUAUAGAGAGAUAUCUCAAUUUCUCUAACAAUCAUAAUAACCACAACAACAACAGUGAUCCAAACUACCAAUAGGUGGCGCUACAUCUGUGGACCCCUAUAACAAGAAGAAGGCGCUUCACCGGUUUCCGGUUGUCCUCAACAUGGCGGAUCUGCGCAGCUCAGACCGUGGUUCGGACUCGGAUUCAGAGUCCGACUCCGGGUCGGACAGGGAUGCUCGCGAUGCCGAACCGAUGGAGGUGGAGGACGGGGAGCUGGAGCCUGACGAAGUCCCCGUCAGUCGGUCCCUGAAGGAGCUGCUGCCGGACACAAGUCGUCGCUAUGAGAACAAAGCUGGAGCCUUCAUCACUGGCAUCGACGUCAACUCCAAGGAGGCCAUCGAGAGGAAGGAGAAGAGAGCCAGGAGGUUCCAAUUCCAGAGUGAAGAGAACAUGUCUCAGAGAAAUGUUCUUCUAGAUAAGGACGCCAUGAAGAAAGCGAUCCCCAAACUGCGGUUGGAGGCAAUCCACAUGUCAGGGGUGGACCAGAUGAGCACACAAGAUGUCUUCGCCUAUUUCAAACAAUACCCUCCAGCUCACAUCGAGUGGAUUGAUGACACGUCCUGUAACGUGGUCUGGCUGGACGAUGACACGUGUAUCAGAGCUCUCAUCAACAGCAGCAGAAUGCCAGACGCCGUCACCACGGAAAGAGAGGAGGAGCCAGCCAAAGCAGGUCGCCGGGGUGAAAGGUCAGAAGACGAAGAAGAGGAAGGAGAGGUGGACGAGGAGGAAACGGUGAAGAAGGACCUCGAUGGGAAAGGCAGCGAAGGGGAGACAGCACAGGAGUCAAAGUCAAAGUCUUCAGGGGUUGAAGAUUUGUCUCGAUCCGAGAGAGACUCGUUGCUGAGGAACGACAUGCGGCCUGCAAUCAAACCUUUUAAGGGGAACAAACUGUCCCUGCGCUUUGCAACACAAGAUGACAAAAAGGAGUUGGGGGCCGCGCGCCGCAGCCGCUACUACAUGAAGUAUGGAAACCCUAACUACGGCGGCAUGAAGGGGAUCCUCAGCAACUCAUGGAAGAGGCGUUAUCACAAUCGACGGAUACAGAGAGAUGUCAUCAAGAGCAAGAAGCCUCUGAUCGGCGACAGCAUGGGCCACACGCCUCCGUAUACACACCGGCACUCUGCUGACCUAGUCAACUUGCCAGAGGAGCCAAUUAAAGAGGAGGAGGAAGAGGAGGAGGAUGACGAGGACAUGGAUGAGGACCGCGUGGUGGAGUACAAGGAGAAAGGAGCGCCUGUGUCUGCAGGAGCAGGGGUCCGCUGCAGAAUGGGACGCUCCCCGUCACCAUGGUCCGAGUCAGAUGAGAUGGACUACGACCUAGAGCUGAAGAUGAUCUCCACGCCGUCGCCCAAGAAGAGCAAGAAAAUGACCAUGUACGCCGACGAGGUGGAGGGAGAGAUCAGAAAUAUUCGAAACCGGAUCGGAGAGUCGACGUCUCGGACUAAAUCCCCCCCACCUCCAAGCAAAGUGACGGACGUGAGGCAGCUUUUGGAGGAGAAGAGACAAAGGCCUCCAUCUGAGAGCGGUGGAAAGCUUGAUGUGCGACAGCGCUUGGGAAAGCGGCGGCGAUCUCCCUCCCCCAUCUCCCUGAGAGACAAACCUUCAGCCAGAGAGUCUGUGAGAGACGUCCACAGCAGACUGGGCACAGUUCUACCAGACAAAAGCGACUCUUCCAAAGACAAAAAGACAAGUGGUCUUUGGAGUCGACUAGGCAGCGUUGAGAGAGACACCAGAUCCAGCAGUCGAUCAUCAGGUGCCUUUUCUUCCUCCCAAGACACCAUCGUGCGGCGGAGCCUGCGAAAUGAAGGAGAGGAGGAAGAUGACUCCACGUUGCAGAAAAUGUGGGGCGUCAUGAUCAAGCAGAAGCAGCAGAGACUCACACACACACUGAAAAGACGUGACACACACUCGCUGAAAAAAAGCCGCCUUGACGACCUGCCGUCACUCCAGAUUGAGAUCAGUCGAGACAGUAGUGACGACUCGGACCCCUGAACACGAUGCAGAGCGGUAAUGCUGCCUCAGUCAUGUAUCGGUUAAUUUAAAGAGAUCGGUUGCUAUGGAACCAGCAAGAAUGUCAACAAGAGUUAAGAGUGGGACUGUAAAAUGUGGAUUUCAAGGCUACUUUUUCUACCUUUUUUUAUUUUCAGGAUGUGGAACCUUUUUAGUUUCUUUUACAAUUCCAUUCAUAAAAACUGCCAAACACAUUGUUGUCUUUAUUCA